AUGGAGAGCAGACUGCUGGACUGGAAGUCCAUCGGGUCGAUACUGGCGACCUUCAUGUUCCUGCGGACGGCGCUGAGGGACUUCCUGCCGCCGGAGCUGCAGCACUUCCUCAGCCGCCUCUUCCGCCGCUUCCUCGCCGCAGUGAACCCGCGCGUCUCCAUCCUCAUCGACGAGUACGACCCCUCCUCCUACACCAACGAGCUCUUCGACGCCGCCCACUCCUACAUCGGCGAGAAAUGCCGCCUCGUUCACUCCUCCGACGGCUCCGCCGCCGCCGCCGCCAAGCCCUCCUCCUACCUUUCCUCCGCCACCGUCCUCCGCCUCUCCAAGCCCACGAACUCCCGCUUCCUCUCCCUUUCCAUGGACGCCAACCAGCACCUCGAAGAUUACUACCCCUUCCGCGGCGCACCCGGCGCUAUCCACGUCCGCUGGUCCUUCCGCUCCGUCGAGCGGGUGAGCAGCUCCCGCGGCGGCGCCGGCAUCUUCUAUGGCCGCUCCAACCGCGACGAACACCGCUACUACGAGAUCUCCUUCCACCGCCGCCACCAGGCCUACGUGCAGGACAAAUACAUCCCCUUCGUCGUGGAGGAGGCCUCCCGGAUCCGGUUCAAGAACAGGGAGCGCCGCCUGUACACCAACCGCUCCGCCGCCGAGGACGGCGGCUCCGGCCGCCACUGGUCCUCCGUCCCCUUCCACCACCCCUCCACAUUCGACACCCUCGCCAUCGACCCGCAGCUGAAGGAGGAGAUCCAGGGAGAUCUCCGCAGGUUCAUCAACCGCCGGGAUUACUACGUUCGAGUGGGGAGGGCGUGGAAGCGGGGGUACCUCCUUUACGGUCCCCCUGGCACGGGCAAAACUAGCCUCAUCGCCGCCAUCGCCAACUUCCUCGAGUUCGACAUCUACGACCUCGAGCUGACGGCGGUGACGAGCAACUCUCAGCUCCGCAAGCUCCUCGUCUCCACCUCCAGCAAGUCCGUGGUCGUCAUCGAGGACGUCGACUGCACCCUCGACCUCUCCGACCGCAGGAAGAAGCCCGACGACGAUCGGACAUCCUUGGAAGCUCUCGGCGGCGAUCUCACCCCCAACGAGGAGGACAAGAAGCGGAGCGCCGCCGCCUGCUACAGCACGGUGAGCCUCUCGGGGGUGCUAAACUUCGUCGACGGGCUCUGGUCGUCGUGCGUAGGGGAGCGGCUGAUGAUCUUCACCACCAACCACGUGGAGAAGCUCGACCCUGCACUGCUCCGCCCCGGAAGGAUGGACAAGCGGAUCAACCUCUCCUACUGCGGCGUGGCGGCGUUCAAGAUGCUCGCCCGGAACUACCUCGGCGUCGACGACAACCACCGCCUGAUGGGCGAGGCGGCGCAGCUGGUAGCGGAGGUCAACAUAACGCCGGCGGAGAUCGCGGAGGCGUUCAUGGGCUGCGAGGACGACGCACAGGAAGGAAUGAGGAAGGUCGUGGAGGAGAUGAGACGGCGGUGGGAGCAGCUGCCUCUCCGGGAUGACGACGCCGAUCGUGACAAGGAAGUAAACGCCAAGAUUGUGGAAAACGGCGUCUGCUCGGAAGCUUCGGAUGACGACUAUUAG